GCCAAGCGGAGGAGCCGGCAGCGCGGCGCAGCCCGAGCACGAGCCGCCCCGGCGCCCAGAGCGCACCGGAGCGGCCGAGCCGCCCCGCGCAGCGCCCGCCGCGGGCAGCGCAGCACCAACCGCAGGCUCUCACCCAGUGACUGCACAGGGAGCCUUUCUGGAGCUGACAUACCGCAGGAAGUCAUCAGGGUGACCUUGAACCGCAAAACUGCUGUCCACCUGGACCGGGGCCGACAUUUCCCGUCCACCCACCAGGACCCCCGGGUCCAAACCCCGAGACAUGGCAAGCAAUGGUGGCAAGGUGGCCGAUGGGCAAAUCUCCACCGAGGUCAGCGAGGCACCUGUAGCCAAUGACAAGCCCAAAACCCUGGUGGUCAAGGUGCAGAAGAAGGCGGUGGCAGACCUCCCAGACCGGGACACUUGGAAGGGCCGCUUCGACUUUCUCAUGUCCUGCGUGGGCUAUGCCAUAGGCCUGGGCAACGUCUGGCGGUUCCCCUAUCUCUGUGGGAAGAACGGCGGGGGGGCCUUCCUGAUCCCCUAUUUCCUGACACUCAUCUUUGCGGGGGUCCCACUCUUCCUGCUGGAAUGCUCCCUAGGCCAGUACACAUCCAUCGGGGGCCUGGGGGUGUGGAAGCUGGCACCCAUGUUCAAAGGUGUGGGUCUCGCUGCUGCUGUGCUGUCCUUCUGGCUGAACAUCUACUACAUCGUCAUCAUCUCCUGGGCCAUCUAUUACCUAUACAAUUCCUUCACCACAACUCUUCCGUGGAAACAGUGCGACAACGCCUGGAACACAGACCGCUGCUUCUCCAACUACAGCAUCAUCAAUACCACCAACAUGACGAGUGCAGUGGUGGAGUUCUGGGAGCGCAACAUGCAUCAGAUGACAGACGGGUUGGACAAGCCAGGCCAGAUCCGCUGGCCCCUGGCCAUCACCCUGGCCAUCGCCUGGAUCCUUGUGUAUUUCUGUAUCUGGAAGGGUGUUGGCUGGACUGGAAAGGUGGUCUACUUCUCUGCCACGUAUCCUUACAUCAUGCUGAUCAUCCUGUUCUUCCGUGGUGUGACACUGCCUGGGGCCAAGGAGGGCAUCCUCUUCUACAUCACGCCCAACUUCCGCAAGCUGUCGGACUCCGAGGUGUGGCUGGAUGCGGCUACCCAGAUCUUCUUCUCCUAUGGUCUGGGCCUGGGAUCCCUGAUCGCUCUGGGGAGCUACAACUCUUUCCACAACAAUGUCUACAGGGACUCCAUCAUCGUCUGCUGCAUCAACUCGUGCACCAGCAUGUUUGCGGGAUUCGUCAUCUUCUCCAUCGUCGGGUUCAUGGCCCACGUCACCAAGAGGUCCAUUGCUGAUGUGGCGGCCUCAGGCCCUGGGCUGGCAUUCCUGGCGUACCCAGAGGCAGUGACCCAGCUGCCCAUCUCUCCCCUCUGGGCCAUUCUCUUCUUCUCCAUGUUGCUGAUGCUGGGUAUUGACAGCCAGUUCUGCACCGUGGAGGGCUUCAUCACAGCCCUUGUGGACGAGUACCCCAGGCUCCUCCGCAACCGCAGGGAGCUCUUCAUUGCGGUCGUCUGCAUUGUCUCCUACCUGAUUGGCCUCUCUAACAUCACCCAGGGGGGCAUCUACGUCUUCAAACUUUUUGAUUACUACUCGGCCAGUGGCAUGAGCUUACUGUUCCUCGUGUUCUUUGAAUGUGUCUCCAUUUCCUGGUUUUAUGGGGUCAACCGAUUCUAUGACAACAUCCAGGAGAUGGUGGGCUCCAGACCCUGCAUCUGGUGGAAACUCUGCUGGUCCUUCUUCACCCCAAUUAUCGUGGCGGGUGUGUUCAUCUUCAGUGCCGUGCAGAUGACUCCGCUCACCAUGGGAAGCUACGUUUUCCCCAAGUGGGGCCAGGGCGUGGGCUGGCUCAUGGCGCUGUCUUCCAUGGUCCUCAUCCCUGGGUAUAUGGCCUACAUGUUGCUCACCUUAAAGGGCUCCCUGAAGCAGCGCAUCCAGGUCAUGAUCCAGCCCAGCGAAGACAUUGUCCGUCCAGAGAAUGGUCCAGAGCAGCCUCAGGCCAGCGGCUCAGCCAGCAAAGAGGCCUACAUCUAGGGUUGUGGGGUCGCUCGCAGACCCAACACUCUCGCCCCCCAGUCUGGCUGAACAUGACCGCUUGAUGUCUGAAGAUACCGUCUAUCUCAACCUACCUCGAGUGGCGAAUCCAGACCAUGCAAAGAGAGAGGGGAGGUGGGGGCACGGUCAGACCCAUUGGUGGGCCCAACCCCGGGCCCAAGUAUCCGGUGGUUUCUGGCACCCCGUGGACUGAUAACCUUUUUCACCUGGGCCCCGUAAGCAUUAAGCAGUCUGAGUUCGUAACUGCUGUGGUAGAUCGAUUUUUGUUCCACCGGCGAGUGUGAUGCGAUGAGGUCCCACGCUCCCAGUUUUUAGUCGUAUCUCUGACUGUUCUUUUACUGCCGAAAACCCAUGACUGUUAUCUUGGACUUCGCAGGAGUUCGGUCCCAUGGGAAUGCUGCUUUGUACACAUGAAAAGGGCAUUUCGUACAAUGGAAAGUUUCAGGGAGAGCUCACUCUUAAGUAGCAGGGAGCCAGCGUAGCUCUUACUUUUCGUUUUUUGGUUUUCUCCUUCCCAAGGCAGCUUGACAAAAUGACCUUCCCAAAGACCUCAGUCUUUAUUCCCAGAUUUGCUUCUCGAAUAAUCCCCGGAGCUUCAUUUUCCCCCCUGCCCUCCGAAAGAAUGAGCGAGCACUGUGCAGCUAAGCUUUCCUGCAGUCUUCUCCCCAGUCCAUCCAACUGGCACCAGCCCAAGAGCCAUCAGUCAUUGCAGAUGCACGUGUCUUGCAGGUUGGAAAACUGCCACAAACACAACUGCUUUUUUAUUUUUUAAUCUCAGUUCUAGGGGCUUAAGAUCCUGCUGGGAAAGCUCCCUUAUCAGGAGCUCCAGUGUAUCUUAAACUGCCCAGUUCUCCAGAGCACAAAAUAGUUGCAAGAGGAAAUCAAGUUGAAGAGUCUGUCCGAACGUCAGGAAGGAUGUGUCAUCUUUUGGUUUCCUUCUUCAACUCUCUCUCCCACUGUCACCCCCAUUCAAAGCUGCUUCCUCUGUACUUUCCCUGAAAUUCCUCAGCAGGAACAGUCUCACUGCCACGAAUAUCAACCCAGUCCACUAACUGAGGAGCUAGUGUUUAUCCAGAGACUACCCCCCCACCCACCCCAACCCCCAAGGGCUUCCGAGAUCUAAACUGUUUCGUUGGGGAAUGCUAUUUGUUCCUUUCUGGAAUUGAGCUCUGCGGUGGUGGCGGCCAAUCGAGUGAAGUCAGUUUGUUGCAGGCCCAGGUAACUCGGCAUUUCUCGUCUGCCAGAAAGAUGGGUUCCCAGGUAGCAACGUGUAUGUCCUGCCCAGUGGCUCCUUAGCUAGUUAGCGCACAAACUGUGUUUUAUGACUAAUCCUUAAUAACUAUGGUGAAUAACUGUGACUGUGGGUUUUUUAAUCUCUUGUCAUUCUCAUCUGAAAGCGACCAGCAUACCAGUUCUUGCAAUAAGAUAUCACCCUCAGAAUAUUAAGCACAUUAUUGUAGAGAAAAAUAAAAUAAAAAUGAACUAUGUAUACACAUAUAUAAAUGCAAACACAUGCACAUUUAAUCUCACGUGUGGUGUAUAGGGUCUCAUUCGAUAUUGUGUAGGACAUCUAGAACCUCUUCCUGCGGUCAUCUGUAAAAUACUCUCAUUGCUAAGGCACCCCAUGUGUCUGCCAAGGUCAAAAUGCAGAUGUCUUGUUAAAUCAUGGGAUUUAGAAUGAAAGGAACCCUUCAUUGUGUCUCUUGGAUCCCACCCCCACCCCUAACCUGGGGUGAAUUCCUUUAGAAUAAAGGACAGGAAGACUUCCAACUUUCUCUUUGUUCUCCAGUGUGAAACUGAGACCAAGUUGUUCUAAGAUAAAUGCAGUGUAUUUAAUGUUUGUAAGCAAUUCUAAGAGAUGUUUGGCAAGGAAUCCCCUAACUGAUUUCGACCCAAACCUACCUUAUAUAGCACAAUAUUAGGUGUCGUACAAUUACUGUGAGAACUGUGAUAUGUGUAACUUUUUUAGUACUUGCCCUGGGGAGAAAAAAAAGAUAUUGUAUUAUCAUAUAUGCUUUCUUUUGCAAUAAGGAUUUAUUCUCAGAACAUCAAGUAAAUCUAUCUCUAUAUUAAAAAUAUAUGUAAUAUAUACAUAUUCAAGCUAUAUACAGAGCCUGUUUUAAAAAUAAAAAAGUACAGUAUUAUUUAGUAAAAUGAUCUGUUCUAUGGACCAAAUGUAAAAUAUUUAUAAAUGAAGAUGCAUUUUAAAUGUCUAUAAAUGGUGUGAUCACUACAGCACGGGCGUAAUGUAAGUUUCUAAGACUUUAGAGGAAAAAUAAUAAAGAUUCUAUGAUAUACAACAUAA